CAAGAGGUAGGAGUUAUUCUUCCAAACACAUGACGAGGGUUCUUGGUUAACUUGCUUAGUUUCUUGAGAAGCAUGGCGAUUACAACUUCUCUUCUUUUUCUAUUUUUCUCUUUGUUCUCCACUUUGCAGAGUCCGAUAUUGGCUGUCAAGAAGUCUUACGUGGUCCAUCUGGGGAGACACUCACAUGCAUCAGAACCUUCAGCUUCGGACAUUAGUACAAUAGCUCAAUCCCACAAUGAAAUCUUAGCUUCUUGUAUUUCAAGCAAGGAGAAGGCAAAAGAAGCAAUAUUUUACUCUUAUACUCGUUACUUCAAUGGUUUCGCUGCCACACUUGAAGAUGACGAAGUAGCUGAACUCUCAAAGCAUCCAAACGUUAAAGCAGUUUUGCCAAACCGAGAAAACAAGUUACAGACAACCAAGUCAUGGGAAUAUCUUGGACUGGAGAAAAAUGGAGAAGUUCCAGCUUAUUCUCUCUGGGUAAAGGCAAAGUUUGGUCAAGACCUAAUUAUUGGAACUCUUGAUUCUGGUGUUUGGCCGGAAUCAGAAAGCUUCAAUGACCAUGGGAUGGGACCUAUCCCACCAAAAUGGAAAGGAUACUGUGAAACUAAUGAUGGGGUUAGAUGCAACAGGAAAUUGAUAGGAGCGAGGUACUUUAACAAAGGCUAUGAGGCCGCUAUUGGCCGCCCACUUGACGCUUCAUACCAAACAGCAAGAGAUUAUGAUGGCCAUGGAACCCACACCCUCUCCACAGCUGGUGGUGGCUUUGUUAAAGGUGCAAAUUUCUUAGGUUCAAGCUAUGGCACAGCAAAGGGUGGCUCUCCAAAAGCAAGAGUUGCUUCAUACAAAGUUUGUUGGCCUGGCUGCCACGAUGCUGAUAUACUGGCAGCCAUGGAAGUUGCUAUUAGUGAUGGGGUUGACAUUCUUUCCCUUUCGAUCGGCGGUCCCCCUGCACAUUACUACAUGGACUCGAUCGCACUUGGAUCAUUUCACGCUGUUGAGAAUGGUAUUCUUGUAGUUUGCGCAGCUGGAAAUGAAGGACCAACCCCCGGUACCGUAUCGAAUCUAGCUCCUUGGAUUCUUACUGUUGCUGCAAGUUCAAUUGAUCGUGAUUUUCCAUCAAAUAUCGUACUCGGAAACAAGGAACAAUUCAAGGGUAAGAGUUUUAAGACUAAUACUUUACCAGUCGGAAAAUAUUAUCCAUUGGUCUAUUCGGUGGAUGUGAAAGCUGCCAAUAUCUCCAGUACUCAUGCAAGAUUCUGCCAUAUAGGAGCUCUUGACCCAAUGAAGGUGAGACAGAAGAUUGUAUACUGUGUACGUGAUGAAUAUUCAGAUGUAGAGAAAAGUGAAUGGUUUGCAAAGGCUGGUGGAGUGGGGAUGAUACUUGCUAAGCAUGGAGCAGGAAGUGAAGUCAGGCCUGAGGCAUAUUUUGUCCCCACCUCAAUGGUCUCUGCAGAAGAUGGCCUUUCUAUUUUAAGUUACAUACGCCAUACAAAGUCACCGAAAGCUUACAUCAGUGGUGCUACAAGAUUGGGAACAGUGACAGCACCAAUCAUGGCGGACUUCUCAUGUCCUGGGCCUAAUUCAAUCACUUCAGAGAUCCUUAAGCCUGACAUAACUGCACCUGGGGUAUACAUUCUAGCUGCUUAUACACAAGCAUCGGGUUCUAUGCCUUUGGUUACAGACCAAUUCCAUGUACCAUUCAACAUCAUAUCUGGAACUUCAAUGGCAUGCCCCCAUGUUUCUGGCAUUUCUGGUCUUCUCAAAGCUGUCCAUCCUGACUGGAGUCCUGCUGCAAUCAAGUCUGCUAUCAUGACUACCGCAAGAACAAGAAGUAAUGUCAGAAAGCCCAUUGCCAAUGCUUCUCUUGUUGCAGCAAAUCCCUUUAACUAUGGUGCAGGGCACGUUUGGCCUAACCGUGCAGUUAACCCUGGCUUAGUCUACGACUUAACAGUUACAGAUUACUUGAAGUUUCUAUGUUCCAUUGGGUAUAACUCGAGUGGUUUACUUUCAUUGUUUGUGGAUGUUACGUACGAAUGUCAAUCAAGGGAGGCUGGUCCUUCGGAUCUCAACUAUCCAUCUAUUACAGUCCCAAGUCUCUCAGGCAAAGUGACACUGUCUCGAACCUUAAAGAAUGUAGGGACUCCAAGCCUGUACAAGGUUCGUGUGAAACCACCUAAGGGAAUAUCUGUCAAGGUUGAACCUGAAACUUUGAAAUUCAACAAGUUACAUGAAGAAAAGAAGUUUAAGGUUACCCUAGAAGCUAAAGGAGGCAGUAGUGCAGAUCAUGGAUAUGUAUUUGGAGGACUCACAUGGUCUGAUGGAAAGCUUUAUGUUGUAAAGAGUCCAAUUGUAGUGAAGAAGGCAGUUGGCUAAUUUUAUGUACUGAACAAAUGAUCAGAGGCUUGAUUGACUGACUUCUCUACUCAGUUGGAUCCCAUGGUAGUGAAUAAAAAUGUUUUAUUUGAUUUUA